AUGUUCUUCACGGUGAUCUCGCGAAGCGCGGCUGGGUUCUUCAAGAGCACGCACUUGCCCGCCGAACAAUCUUCUUCACUGAGUAUCAAACAUACUGGGAGUGCGGUCACGGUCGAUCAUGCUUCUCUGCUCGGGGACCCUGACUUUCCUAAGCGUUUGGAACCCGCCGAACAUGGCGAAUUCGUCGUACGACUCCAGGAACUACUGAGGCAAUACUCGCGGCUGGGCUUGUCGAAAGACCAUGAUCGUUCCACAGCAAUCUCUGGUCUUCAGCAACGCCUUAUGCGAGUGAUGAACCUACAAGGCGGAUAUGGAACAUUCGAUAGUAGUGUCAACCCAGGUCUGCUUCGGCGCAGUCUUCUCUGGCAUCGGUCCUUGGAAGUGAGCAGCCUAGCCACGAUCACGUACCCAAAGCAUUACGAAGUACCCUCCUGGUCUUGGAUGUCGUGCUCUGGACCCAUAGACUACUUUCCAUUGACAUUUUACGGCUUCGAUUGGCAAGAUCUGAACCUGACUUGGUCGGACACAAAGGUUGCAGAUGGAAAGACGCGUCUCGGCGCUACAGUGCAGAAUCUGGAUCUGACUGCAGCUAACCCCUUCGAAGCAGACAUCAUCUUCGACAUUCCUGCCAAGGUAGACGAGCAGAAGAUUAUGGCAGUGGUUCUGGGCGUGGAGAAGGGCGAGGCCGCACCAGAAGACAAGACACACUAUAUCCUAGUCGUGACUUCGAAAGAAGCCUGGGGUCACUCGUUAUACGGGCGGGUCGGCGCGGGUCACGUCCCUGGAAGAUGCUUAGUGGGACAGCCUGAUGAUUGUUUGCUCAUCUAA